AUCGCGCGAGCGGCUAUCUGGGUUACGGCUCGGUACCCCGGAAUUAGGGCCACGUAGCCCCAAUGGGCACAGCAUGGUCUGAUGCCGCUCCAGGCACAAGACACCAGCUCAUUCUGUUGGCAGAAGACGUCGCAGUUGGUUGUGUGAAAUGUUUCAAGCGGACCCCCAACUCAGCCGAGUCCCAGGACGACGUCAGCCGAAGCCAGAGCUGGACCUGAAGACUGCGUCCAAGCAGGAUCACCUACGAAUGGUGAUCGUAAUGGACCACCAAAGUCCUGGCAAGCUGGACAUGCAGUUCCCGGACAUCUGGCUGAGGGACAAUUGCCGCUGCGGGGAGUGCUUCUUGCCCCAAACCAUGAGUCGCCUGCCCCAGCUGUGGAACAACUUGGACACGAGUGUGCGAGUGCAGCAGCAUAGUGUGGAUCUGGAUCAGGAAAUACUGUACAUCACGUGGUCCGAUGGCCACGCCUCCCAGUAUCCCUUAGCCUGGCUGAGGGUGCGCGACUUCUCGCUGGCGAACCGCACGCGUUACCUGAGCGACUUUUACCGCCCCGAGCCGAGGCACUGGAGCGGGACGGACUUCGAGCACAUCCGUCGCGAGUUCCAGUACCGAGAUCUGCUGGCCAGCGACGAGGCUCUGCUGGAGUGGCUCGACCAUCUGGCAGUGUACGGAGUGGCCUUGAUCAAGCAGGCCCCUCUCGAGUUUGACGUUCUUCGGCGGCUGUGCAAUCGCGUGGGCUUCAUGCGCCGCACCACCUACGGCGAUGAGUUCAGCGUGCGGGCCCAGCCGGGGGCCAGCAACUACGCCUACCUGGCUGCACCCCUGCCCCUGCACACGGACAUGCCUUACUUCGAGUACAAGCCGGGCGUGACGCUAUUGCACACCCUGGAGCAGUCGGACUCGCCUGGCGGCGUGAAUCUCCUGACGGACGCGUACCACGUGGCGGACCUAAUGCGCGAACGGUAUCCAGAGCAGUUCCGGGUGCUCUGUCAGACGUCCGUCGAUUGGGCGGACAUUGGCCACGACGGGGAGCUGGAGUUCCACAACAUCUGGCGUGCCCCAGUCAUCAACUUGGACGCCGAGGGUCGGUAUGUGCGCAUCAACCACAGCAUUCCGCAGCGAGACAGCCAUUUCACGGUGCCGCUGGAGCAGGUCCGUCCCUGGUACGAGGCAAUGGCCCUGUUCGUUCGCCUGGCCCAUGAAGAGGCAUGCAGUUUCAAGACCACACCCGGCGAUGUGCUCACAUUCAACAACCUGCGCUUGGUCCACGGUCGCACGGGGUACGACGACACGGACCGCAAUGUGCGGCACAUCGUUGGCGCCUUCAUCGACUGGGACAUUGUCUACUCACGCCUGCGUGUCCUCAGGAAUGCCAAGAGCAUCUCUUGAGUAAACCCGUUGAGUGGCCUCAAUCGCCGAGCACAAAUUCUAAGUUCAAUUUAAUCAAGACUCCGUCAACGACAUGUCUCUGCCAGUCAAUAAACAUUAUUUUAUUACUUUGUAAUUUUCAAUAUAUAUUUUAUAUAAACGCUA